UGUAGGGAGAAGUCGACUUUGCGCGAGAAGUUGAAAACUUACUCUCUUAUUUUACUUGUGAAAUAUAAACAGAUUUGUUUGUUCAGACGAUCAUCACCGAAACAAAUUUAUGUGUUGUGAUUUGUGUUUACGCACUGUUUAAUUCAGUAAUACAGUAAUUGUUCUUAGAUGGUUAGACUGAAGUCCCAAGAAGAUUCUGUAAGGCAUGCAGCAAUAUGGAAGGCACCCAUGUGUUUGGCACUAUUUUAAUAGCAUCUGUGGUAGUUUUCGAUUUGGUGCAGUCAGACUUCGAAUAUAUGGUGACCAAUCCAGAGCCGAUAUCAGUGUCGUUCGGUUUUGACACGCUUUUAACAUGCGAAAUGAACAUAGAACCUGAUAGGUUCCAAUGGAAGUUUUAUCCUACAGAUGAACCAUACAGUUUAAAUAAUGCUAUUAAUUUAAGUAACGCAACAUUCCAUCUAAUUCCAGAGGAAAAGUACACUAAACAGAGAAAAAAGUCUUCAUUAACGGUGCAAGUAAACAGCACAAAAGCGGCAGGAGACUAUCAGUGCCUCGCCUACUACGGGGCAUACGUGGUGGCUUCGGUACCAUGGCUGUUAAGGAUAGCAACCCUUAAGCCAUUUCCCAAACAAGACUCUAAGGACAUUACCACCACCGCGGGCAAUACAGUUUUGUGGAGGUGCAUCCCGCCUGAAUCGAAUCCAGAACCAUAUAUAGAUUAUUACAAAAGCGAUCAAUAUGUCGCUUCUUCAAACCCAAAAAUUCAGUCGGAAUCACUUGUUCUUCCUAACGUGACUGUCGAUAAAUCAGGCGUGUACAAGUGUAGUGCGAGUAAUACUCUGGAAACUGUGAAUUCAGACACGUCUUUGAGUCUGAAGGUGGUUAAGAAUGCUCCUACCAGAUCGCCGUAUUUUAUCACCGAGCCUAAGAGUAAAUAUGUUUCGUUAAAAGGCGAUAAAGUUUUCCUAGAGUGCUCAGCCAUUGGUAACCCAGUUCCUAAAGUAGUGUGGUUUAAAAAAAACGGACGGCUGCCCGACAAGCGUUCGGAAAUGCUCGAUGGAGGUCUAAGCAUCGUUAAUAUCACUUCCUCGGACGAUGGCGUCUACGUUUGCAGUUACUCAAACAGUUACGGGUCCAUUUCUCAUCACAUCACGUUGGUGUACAACGAAGAACCAGCCAUAGACUGCCUUAUGAACAGCACAGACGUCAAACAGGGAGAAAACAUAGAUUUAAACUGCAUUAUCUCAGGGGUUCCAGAACCGUACGUUUCGUGGUUCAUCAAUGGAUUCUCCGUAAGCAACGACACUGCCGUAGAAGCCGUAGGCAAUAAGAUUUACUUCAGACCGGUAGAGAAACGACACGCGGGGAAUCUCCAGGUAUUCGCCAGGAAUAAAGUGAGAACCGUGUACACCAGCAUCAUCAUCAGAGUAAUUCCCUUAACGUCAAGCGUGGAUUUAACCGUAACGCCAGAGCAUACGCAUCGGAGGCACGGCGGGAGGACCAGCUCGACGAGAAAACCGUUUAAACACGGUAAAGUCCCCAAACUGGUGCCCCCAAGUAAACCGAUAAUCUCGAGACUGAACGACCAGGCGGUCGUUGUACGUUGGAGCGUACCUAACAACAACGGCCUGCCCAUUAGUUUCUUCAAGGUGCAGUAUCGGGAAAUAGGCCCGGCGAACUCAAACGACCUCCAUACGAGGAAUAAGGGAUCGAAAUGGAAGACGACUAAUGCCGAUAUAGCUCCGAAUAUUCAAGUCUACGACGUGACGAAUUUAAAGGCCGAUCAUAUAUACAAGUUUAGGAUAGCGGCGGUGUAUAGCAAUAACGAUAACAAGCUUAGCCCGAACUCGGACAAAUUUCAUUUACGAAUGCUGGAUUUUGAUACGAAGAACCCCCUGCCGAUACCCAUUAUUACACACACAGAGGUCGUUAACGCAACGUCUGUUAAAAUAUACUGGGAGUGUUCUAAAUCGGCCAACGUAAGUGUGGAUGGCUUCUACAUUAGUUACAUGUCGGCCAGUACGGCGGGCGAUUACAUGAAAGCAACCGUGGACGGGGAAAACACCAGGGAGUACGUGAUCACUCAUCUCCAGCCCGAUACGAUCUACGACAUCAAAUUGCAAAGCUUUAAUUCGAAGUUUGCCAGCGAUUUCAGCCCCAUCAUGAAAGCAAGGACAGGCACCAACCAGUCGUCGAUGACGACGACGACUCAUUCCCCGAUAGUUGCGGCCGAACAAAAAGAGGCUGGCUUCGGAAAUUUGUACGUAAUAAUAAUCGGAGCUGUAGGCGGAUGCGUCUUACUGAUAUGCGGGAUCGUUUCUAUAAUUAUAUGUAGGAAGUGGAAGAAAAACAAAUCAGAUAAUCGGGACAAAUCCACCGUCGAAGAUCGUCACGUGGCCGAGGGAAACGAGUACGUCGAGUACGGGCAGAAAUCUAGGGCGAACGGAUGCGUUCUGCCGAGCAACAGAAUAACCAUUACUCCUAAUCCUUUGGCGGAGGCCGACAACAAGAAUCAGAACAUGAUUGAGAUGUCGCGUUUGACAGCGCAGAAUAACAACUGUGCGACCGUUCAUCAAGAAUCCUCGUCCGGAUCGUCCGCCCGCGAAGAGUCUCCCUCGGACUCGAAAGAGAAGUGUAACACGAAGAAUCCCGAGCUGUACACGGAUAAAAGCAAGCGUAGCAAGGUUUCUCUGGAAAAUGUCUCGUCUGGAGAGAAUUAUGUGUAGCGUGCGAUGUUGAGGACGUUGUUGAGCGAUUCUGACUUUUUGCGUGAUCGUUCCAGUGAUAUUUUCCAUUUGAAGACUGCGGUUAGUUUUUAGUUCUCUUUAAUAGCAUUCAAUAUCCCUUUGACAUUCUUCCCGAUUUUUUUUCCUCGAUCUAGAAUCGGACGAUUAGUUGAAGCAAUUAGAUGGGGAAGGUGAGUUUUUUUAUCGAACGUCGUGCUAUAUGAAUGAGAUACUGCUUAUGACGAUCUAUAAAUGCUUGCUUAGUGUUAUAAUUUUUUAGGGGUUACGUAAAAAUUAAUUAUUUUAUUUUGAUACGUGAAAAUAAGGGAUUUUGUUCUGUGAUGUUUUGUCCGUUAGGAGAAUAUACUGCUCUCGAUUUUUAACACGCCUUAGUAGUUUAAUCCUGAUGAACGGUGUCAUUUGUUUUUUUCUUAUGUUCCGACACAAGGACGAUUUUAAACGUUACACGAAAGUAUUAAGACUUUGGCCUACACUGUACAUUAGAUUAGAUUUUUAAAGUAAUUGUAAAUAGGACGUCUGUAAAUAAGAAAUAUUAUCGGAAGGAUCUUGACUUUUAAAGCGUCGAACGGUGAUUUUAAGCUAUUAUACUAAUUUAUUUUAUUUUGUACUUAUUCCUUUAUUUAUGAAUAUCUGAAGACUAAACUGUUUGCCAUUAGUUUUAAUUUGUUUAAUUUAUUCGAAUGAUUAAUUUUAUUUGCAGUGCUAGGAGGCAGCUAUGUAAUUUUAUAUUAUGUACAGGGUGAAUCAAAUUCGGGGAGAUUGUUCUCUCUGAAUCUUGAAAAGCAAAAAUUACUUCUUAAGAAGGCGCUAGAGCAAAUAGGCAACCAGCAAUACAUUUUUAUAGAUUUUAUUACACAGUUUGUCUAAAUAUGAAUCAAUGCACCACUUUCCUCCAUUUCAACGCAGAUUUUCUACAAAAUGGACUUCGUUUGAAACUCAAAUAAUUUUUAGGUGUACAGAAAUUUGUAAUU